AUGUCUGCUGGUCCAUCAGUUGGAAAUAGUAAUGCUCUAAUAGUACCAAUAUAUGAUAAAAUUCCUUUAUCCCAUUUACUUGAUGCCGCUGUACAAAAAACUUAUCAUGAAUUAUACACAAUGGCAGAUGUUUUGCAUGGGAAAUCAAUUUUGGAACGAAAAAUAGAAUUAAUUAAAUUUGCUUGUCGUGCUAGACAAUUAUUUAUACGAAUUUUAGCAGUUGUUAAAUGGGCAGCAACAACAGGAAAAGUGACUGCAUGCGAAGAUAUACAAAAUUUUCUUGAACUUCGUGCUCGAUUAAUACGUGAAACAUCUGAUUCAUUAGCUCAACUUGCACGUGAAAAACUUCUUGAAGCUCGAGUACCUAAUUUUCCCGUAACAGAUACUAUUGAUGCAAUGACACUUGGUUCUGUGAAUUUUUUGCCUAAACGAAUUGCAGACGUCAUAACAACUUUUACACCUGCUACUGAAAGUGAACGUCAACAAAUUUUACCACGUCUUCAACAAAUUCUUGCAGCAAGAAUAUCAACAUCGGAAUUACCUAUUCAAUUUACUACUGUAAUAAUUAAAAAUGGACUAGUAACAUUGACAGUUGAUAGAGAAUUUGAAGUUAAAUUAGGAAUUACAAAUGAUAAUCUAUCAUCUCCAUGGCGUCUUUAUCAAACAAAAUUAUUUUUACAAGAUCCAGAAGAACCAGGUAGGAAAUUAAAUAGAUUUUAUUUUUAAUCCUU